AUGUGGUUGAUAGAUAUUUUCAGUUCUUGUUGCAACUAUUAGAUUUAAUUAAAAUGUCUUCUUUAUAUUUUUUUAAAAACAUCAUUUAUUGAGCUUAACAAAAAUAAAAGUUAAGUAAUUUAAGAAAAUAGAUUAAAAUUCAAUUAAUCUAAAAUAGUUAAUAUUUUUAUUAACAUAAAAGUAAACUAAUAUUGUAUUUUGGAGUGGAAAUAACUUACUGUUUGGUAAAAUACUUAAAUGAUAGAUUGUUUAUAGUUAUAAAGUUAUUAGAAGUUAUUGCUCUCUAUUCCACGCACCUCUCAAAAUACACAUUUUUUUCAAUUAUCUAAUAAUAAGAACUAUAUACCUCAAAAGUAAAUAAAAUUUGAAGUAUUAACCUAAGACGCCGCUACUAUUGCUUCUAUGAAUCAAUAAAAAGAUUAAAAAAAAGAAGUAAGCAACAAAUAAUACGAAAAAAAAAUCUAAUUUUUGGCACAAAAUAAUACGAAUAUGGAAAAUAUUAUUCAUGAUACCCAGCACACUUAAGAUACUACUCUACGACAACAAGAACAUAUUAAAAUCGAAAAUAUGGAUAUUCAGAUCAAAUAAGAAGACUUAAAUGAUUAAGAAAAUAAUCAAAGCCAAUUAAAUCAAUUUUAAUUCGACUAAAAAUAACAUUUUUAUAACAUUUUCAACAAAUUUGAAAUGAAUUUUUAGAUAGACGAAUAUGCCUUGUUGGGAUAAAUGGUAAAUAAUACUACGAAUAGUCAUAGCUUAAACUUAAAUGCUUGUAAGCUAGAAGAAAAAAAUGAAUAGAAUAUCAUCUAAUCAAAUUGUAAUGAAAAUACUAAAGAAGUUAAGGUUGAGGAACAAUUAAUUGCUGAUUAAGACUAUAAUAAAAAUGGAUCAGAGUCUAAUGAAAUUUAAAUUUUACAAGAUUUUGUUUUGUAAACGUGCUAAAAAUACUCAAAUGAAUAUAAAAACUUUAAGCAACUGCACAGACAGUUGAAAGAUAACAAAAAAAUUGAAGACAUAAUUAAUGAAAUUCGCUAGCCGAUAAUCAUUCAUUACUAAAAAUUGAUAAAAGAUUAAGCAAAAGCACCAAAAAAUUUUGAAAAAGAAUGCAGAAAAGACAAUAAAAAUUAUAUGAAUGAACAAUGCCACUGCAUGUGUAGCCUGAACGCAAAGUUUACAAAACUGAGCAGCUUGCAUAAUCAUAUUAAAAAACAACACAAUAAUACUCCUGUGUGGUGUUGGUAACUCAAGCUUUCAUUUCAAGUAGGCAGACCUAAUAAAGAAAUUCCUAAAAUUGAUGCUUGUUUAAAAUAAAAAAAAUCGAGAUACGAUAAAAAAGUUUUAAGGCUAUUAUAAUUGCAUUUAUGA